AUGCCUGAGGGUGUUCCUAAUCCUGAAAACAAGGUUUACAAGCUGAUAAAGUCUCUAUAUGGGCUAAAACAAGCCAGUAGACAGUGGUUUGCUAGACUCAAUUCAGAACUGGAAAAGCAAGGAUUUGUACAGAGUAAAAAUGAUUACUCUCUUUUCAUAAAUGGAUACCUUAAUGACAUGUGUAUUGCAGCUGUGUAUGUGGAUGAUAUCAUCCUCACAUGGCCUAAUUUUGCUCUCAUUGUUUCACUCAAGCAGCAUUUACAUCAGGUUUUCAGCAUCAAGGACCUAGGUGCUCUAAGUUUCUUCCUUGGCAUUGAAGUUUCAAGGUUGUCUUCUAGAAUUAUUCUCAGCCAGAGAAAGUUCACUAAAGAGUUGUUAUCAUAUUGCUCUUUAGAUCUCUCCAAGACAGCCAAGAUACCAUUACCACUGAACUUGAAGUUGUUAGCAGAAGAUGGUGAUUUCUAUCAUGAUCCUUCCCAGUACAGGUGUUUAGUGGGCAAGUUAAAUUUCUUGACCCACACUAGACCUGACUUGUCCUUUGCAGUGCAAACUCUGAGUCAGUUUCUUCAUGCACCUAAAACUCAUCACUUUCAGGCCUUGCAUCAUCUUUUAAGAUAUGUUGCCAGUACUGCUGAUCAGGGAAUUAUGCUCCAAGCUUCUACGCAGCUCACUCUACAAGGUUAUUCAGAUUCUGAUUGGGCUGCAUGCCCCAACACCAGAAAAUCAGUUACUGGGUAUGUGAUGCUUUUAGGAAAUAGCCCUAUUUACUGGAAAUCUAAGAAGCAAUCCACAAUCUAUAAGUCCUCCUCAGAGGCAGAGUACAGAGCUAUGGCUGCAGCAGCCUCAGAGCUCACUUGGCGGAGUCACCAAUCUAACUCCAGUGAAGCUCAGCUGUGA